AUGACUACCGAGCCGCUUCUGUUUGACACGCAGCACGAGGACAUGAUCCACGAUGCGCAGCCGGACUACUACGGAAAGCGACUAGCGACGUGCUCGUCUGACAGCACCAUCCACCUGUUUGACAUUGAGGGCAACCAACAGAAGCUGAUCGAGGUUCUGAAGGCGCAUACGGGCCCGGUGUGGCAGGUAGCAUGGGCGCACCCCAAGUUUGGCAGUGUGCUGGCAUCAUGCUCGUACGACGGCACGGUGCUGAUCUGGAAGGAGACGCCGGGAUCGGGCUUCACAGUGAUCAAGAAGCACGACAAGCACCAGGCAUCGGUGAACGCAAUUGCGUGGGCCCCGCACGAGCUCGGCCCGGUGCUGCUGUGCGGGUCGUCGGACGGCAAGAUCUCGCUGCUGACGUUCACAGAGGAGGGAGUGUGGGAUGUGCAGAUGGUGCGUAGCGCGCACACCACGGGUGUCAACUCGGUGGGCUGGGCACCAGUCAUCUCGGCCGGCUCGUUCACACAGCCGGGUGCGACGCAGAAAGCCAGCCUGGUCAAGCAGUUUGCCUCCGGCGGCUGCGACAACCUGGUCAAGAUCUGGGGAUUCAGCGAGGAGAAGAAGACUUACGAAGUGAUCCAGACUCUGGAGGGCCACACCGAGUGGGUCCGGGACGUUGCCUUUGCGCCCAACAUUGGUCUGCCGCGCACGUACCUUGCCUCGUGCUCGCAGGACCGGAAGGUCUACAUCUGGACACAAGACGCGCCGUCCUCCAAAGCCCCUGGCCAGGCUGCUCCCGUCGAGUGGCAGCGCCAGCAGCUGUCGUCGACGCCGUUCCCUGAUGUUGUCUGGCGCGUCAGCUGGUCGCUGUCGGGCAAUGUGCUGGCUGUUUCGUGCGGCGACAAUAAGGUUACUUUGUGGAAGGAGAACCUGAAGGGCGAGUGGGAGCGCAUCAGCGAGAUCGACGAGAACACCACCAAGGCCUAA